AUGGCCCCUGGCAUUUUGAACUCGGUUCUUCUGCUGAUACAACUGAUGUGUUACUUUAGCUCUGGAAGCUGUGGAAAAGUGCUGGUGUGGCCCACAGAAUACAGCCAUUGGAUCAACAUAAAGGCAAUCCUGGAUGAACUUCUCCAGAGAGGUCAUGAGGUGACUGUUCUGACAUCAACAGCUUCCAUUCUUAUUAAUCCCAACACAACAUCUGCUAUUAAUUUUGAGGUUUACCCUGCACCUUCAAGUAAACAACAUUUGGAAGAACGUUUCUCCAAAUGGAUCCAUGAAUGGAUUUAUGAUACUCCAAAAGUUGACUUCUGGGAAUUUUAUUCAUUAGUACAAAAAUUUUUCAAGGACUAUUCUGAUACAAUUGAACAACUCUGCAGAAAUGUAGUUUUAAACAAGAAACUUAUGAUGAAACUACAUGAAUCAAAAUUUGAUGUGGUUCUUGCAGAUGCAGUUGGUCCCUGUGGUGAGCUGCUGGCAGAGCUACUUAAAAUACCAUUUGUAUACACUCUCCGCUUCACUUUUGGCUACACAUAUGAAAAAUACAGUGGUGGACUUACAGUUCCUCCUUCUUAUGUGCCUAUUGUUAUGUCAGAAUUAAGUGAUCAAAUGACAUUCAUGGAGAGGGUUAAAAAUACAGUGUAUAUGCUUUAUUUUGAUUUUUGGUUCCAAAUAUUUGAUGUGAAGAGAUGGAAUCAGUUUUACAGUGAAGUUCUAGGGAGACCCACUACAAUAUAUGAAACAAUGGGGAAAGCUGAUUUUUGGCUCAUUCGAACCUAUUGGGAUUUAGAAUUUCCUCGUCCACUUUUACCAAAUUUUGACUUUGUUGGAGGACUCCACUGUAAACCUGCCAAACCCCUCCCUAAGGAAAUGGAAGAAUUUGUACAGAGUUCUGGAGAAAAUGGUAUUGUGGUGUUUUCUCUGGGGACGAUGGUUUCUAACAUGCCAGAAGAGAAAGCCAAUAUGAUUGCAUUUGCUCUUGCACAGAUUCCACAAAAGGUCAUAUGGAGAUUUAAUGGCAAGAAGCCAGAUAAAUUAGGACCCAACACUCAGAUAUACGAAUGGAUCCCCCAGAAUGACCUUCUUGGUCAUCCAAAAACAAAAGCUUUUAUAACUCAUGGUGGAACCAAUGGCGUCUAUGAGGCAAUCUACCAUGGUGUCCCUAUGGUGGGCAUUCCUUUGUUUGCGGAUCAACCUGAUAACAUUGCUCAUGUGAAGGCCAAGGGAGCAGCUAUUAGAUUGGACUACAGAACACUUACAAGUGCAGAUCUUCUCAAGGCCUUGAGGAUGGUCAUUAAUGACCCUUUAUAUAAAGAGAAUGCUAUGGAGUUAUCAAGAAUUCAACAUGAUCAGCCAGUGAAGCCUCUGGACCGAGCUGUCUUCUGGAUUGAGUUUGUCAUGCGCCACAAAGGAGCUAAACACCUCCGGGUUGCUGCCCAUGACCUCUCCUUGUUCCAGUACUACUCUUUGGAUGUGAUUGGGUUCCUGCUGGCCUGCGUGGCAACUGUGAUGUUCAUCAUCAGUAAAUGCUGUCUGUUUUGUUUCCCGAUGUUUUUUCAAACUGGAAAGAAGAAAAAAAGGGAAUAA